UUUCUCGGCUACUAUAGUCUAUAAUACCUAUCUGUUUUAGUUUCACUUGACGUCUUCCCGUUGACUGCUAAAGUUUUUUCUUCGUAACACACCACUUCAUUUGUAUACCGAACAUGUCGUCCAAACAAAAAGUUUGCAUUUUAGGAUCUGGAAAUUGGGGUUCAGCUAUCGCAAAAAUAAUUGGUUCAAAUGCAGCCCGCUUGGAUUCAUUUGAUUCCUGUGUUAAUAUGUGGGUUUAUGAAGAAAUGAUUGAAGGAAAAAAAUUGACAGAAAUAAUCAACACCACUCAUGAAAAUGUGAAGUAUUUACCUGGAAAGAAACUCCCUGAGAAUGUUGUAAGUUUUUGUUGAAUUAAUCAUUAUUAU